CGCGGGUCGAGGCAGUUGCACCUGCAACCGGAAGUGCCUCAGCGGGUUGCCACCAUAUCGUUGCCACUGCCACGAUUUGCGCUUGCUCCUCUUGGGUCAAAGUGCAUAAAGAUAGGUCUAACAUAAUGCGAGACAUUGGGCCUCUUUAACAUUUAAAGAACGCACACAAUACAAAUAGUGGUUGGGGUAAGGUUUGGCUUAAACGACCCACACUUUGAAGAGCAUGGACUUGACAGUUGAGAAUCUCUCCAUUUCUCUGAGUGACGGAAACCGCAUACCAUUAAUUGGGCUGGGAACAUAUGGGGAUCCACGCAAGACUCCUAAAGGAACUACUUAUCAAUCAGUCAAAUUGGCAAUUGAAAAAGGCUACAGACACUUUGAUGGGGCUUUGGUCUAUUACAAUGAGCACGAGGUGGGACAAGCAAUACGGGACACGAUUGCAGAUGGGACUGUGAAGAGAGAGGACAUCUUCUACUGCGGGAAGCUGUGGAACACAUUCCAUCCCCCAGAAUUGGUUCGACCUGCUUUAGAGAAAACUUUAAAGACAUUACAGCUGGAUUAUGUCGACCUGUACAUUAUAGAAAUGCCCACAGCCUUCAAGCCAGGAGAUACAUUUUACCCCAAAGAUGACAAAGGGAACUGCAUUUAUCACAAAACAGAUCUCUGUGCAACAUGGGAGGCUUUGGAGGCCUGCAAAGAGGCUGGGCUGGUAAAGUCUCUUGGAGUAUCCAACUUCAACAGGAGACAACUGGAGUUGAUCCUGAACAAACCUGGGCUGAAACACAAGCCUGUGUCAAACCAGGUUGAAUGCAAUCCCUAUUUCACUCAGCCAAAGUUGCUUGACUACUGCAAGCAGAAAGAUAUUGUCAUUGUGGGAUACAGCCCUCUGGGGACAUCUAGAGAUGCAUCAUGGGUAAACCUCAAAUGCCCCCCAUUGCUGGAAGAUGACCUACUGGUAUCCAUUGCUAAAAAGUACAACAAGAACACAGCCCAGGUGGCGUUGAGGUUCAAUGUUCAGCGAGGAGUAGUGGUCAUCCCAAAGAGCUUCAACCCUUCUCGCAUUGAGGAAAACAUUCAGAUAUUCGACUUUUCUCUCUCUGAUGCCGAGAUGAAGGCAGUUGAGGGCUUGAACAAGAAUAUUCGUUUUGUGGAGCUUCUCAUGUGGUCCGAUCACCCAGAGUAUCCAUUCCACGAUGACUACUAGUUCCCAAAGAUGCCAAGACUUCAUUUAAAUUAGUUGAAAAGCAAACUGUGUUUGUUAGCUUUUUACAUGCUCUUACAUGUUGCACUGUUUUUACGUGGAAAAAAUAACAGUACACCUUUUAUGGUGCAUUUAAUUCACUUUAUUGAUAUCAUAAUGGUCUGUAUUAUCACUUCAAAUCCUUUGUGAAUGAUUUAAGACAAAUGGUAAACAGAAACUUGAUUAUUUCCCUUGAGACGGAUAUAGAGUAUAGCUCCUGCUGAUUGUAAGCUGUUCUAGAAAGUGCAUUCUCUCAUUGUUUUAUCUUUCUACAUCUAUGUAUGAAUGCAAAAUUUUACAAUCUUUAGUGCGAAUUAAUGCCAUAUAAAUAAUGCUGCCAUCAGGUACCGUAGGAAAUGUUCAUGUUAUGCAAAUAUGUACAAUUGGCUGUCAAAAUAUUUUUAAGGGUAUACAGUUGCUCAACAUCUGGCAUGCAAAUAGUAGUAUGUAAGCUUGUAACAACUAAUGUAAUGACAUGUAAUCCUAAUAAUAGAGCAAAUUGUAGCACUUAAAUUGUACUUAUAAUGUCACUUAUCUAUAACAUGUUUGAUGAAAA